CACUAGCUGAAGCUGUGGCCACAUCCAUCGUGUUGGAUGAUGCGGUUCUUGGCUUCUAAUUUAUCCCGUAAAUCCUUUGCUGCGAUAAAUAAGCCCGUUCCUGCAGCAUUGAAGAUAGAUUUCGACCUAAGUAAGAAAUCAAUAUUGUUAAAAAUCCAACUGGAAAACGUUCAAUGCACGUAUUGUACCUUUCUAUUCUUGGAAAUUUCCAACAACAAACCAACCAGCGUUGCUUUAUUUACUUCUUCCAUCUCAAGGCCAUUCGUCUGGGCCAUUGUCUUUCGCAAGUGCAAACAAGCUUCGCAAAAGUAUUGUCCAAAAUCACACACACACACACACACACACGCCCCAAGGAGCGGAAUCAACAUGCUCGCUCUUUCCAACCAACAGCAGACCAUCAAAGUGGACAGAGCGAGACAGCAUGCUGAUCUUGUUUCUAGGGACAAAUGCAGAAACAUCAAUGGCCGUUCACUGUAUCCAUCGAAGUAGGCGCCAAAAAAGCCCUUUUCGCCAACACACAAGCAAAUUGACAAACAAGUGCGGUGCGUGCACUACCGGCGUCUCGGUGCUUAGCUAUUUUUCGCAGUGUUUUGGAGCUUUAUGCAACUGGAACGUUUUCGAACAUUCAUCGAACUACUUUUGGGCAAUUUGAAGGAAAAAAGCGGAGCAAUUCGAUGUCCACCGAAACGAUGGACAGCUCAGAGAGCGCAUCUUGUGAGGCUGUGUUUGGAAAGGAGGCCAUUUGCAAAGAUGUUAACAACAACGGAAUUUGCUUGGAGGAUGCUGCUGCUUUACCGGAUAGUAUCCCACCGAGUUACAUGAAGACUAUCACCUCGCUUACGAUGACCCGUACACUCCGUGGUCCAAAGUAUCACUGCUACGAUUGCGAUUAUGUUUUGCCUACGCGGCUCAGCAUGAACACACACAUGAAGAUGCACCGGAAACCAUUCUGCCCGAUCUGUUACACAACGUUCGCCGAAGAGCAGGAAGUGACCGCUCAUACGGCCGAAAAUCAUUCAAUUUUGUUUUCCACCGCAAUUACACCACUCGUCGUGCUGGACGAGCCGAUAGUGGUAAAGGACGAGCCAAUAGUGGUAAAGGAAGAGCAUGCUUUCUUCCAAACGGAAGUCCCGCCAAACUCUCCGACCCACGAGUACCACGGCCUGUCGCAGCUGGAGUAUGGAUUUGCGCACAGUAACAAUAGCUCGAUUCCGCUGCUACUUGCUGAGAAGCUGCGCGAGCAUCAAGAAAUGAUGAAUCACGGUAUGCAAUCGAGGAAACGGUUGGACUCUUCUCGCCAUCAGCGCCAUUCGCUGGAUGAAACGGAAGCACGCAGUGUCAUCAAGUCGCAUCGUAAUAGCUAUACCGGAAGGCGUGACAGACGACCAUCGAUUGCUGGAGUGACGGGUAAGGUGCACAAACCGGCCAGCAAACCGAACCGAGCGACACCCUCCACACCGAAAGCCGGCACAAGUGGACGGGGCGAGAACGUUGAUUCGGCGGAUACCGCACUGAAACGCAUCACUUCACGCUUCGGCCGGUCCAUUAGCCUUAAGAUUCCCCAAUUCUAAGGCCGUCCCAGGCUGGCGGGUAAUACAAUGGCAGGCCCAUGAUCUGUCGAGCGUUAUAAUUUAUCUCUUUCUUUAGCCAUAUUCUUCUAUGCUUCUAAAAUAGGAUAUUAUUACUAUCUUUCUGCUAAAAAAAUUACACUGUAAAAAUGUGCACACUGAUGAACUCUCUCAAAGAAUUGUACUCGCCGAGGCGUUUAGAAUAAAAAGCUAAAAAUCGGCAAA